UAGGGUCGGCGGUGUCGGAAUGCUCGACACCGGUGCUUCUCGCUCUCACGGCUCUAAUCAAGAUGGGUGAGAGGAAGAAACUUCAAGUUCAGCCACCGGCGGGCAGCUCGAUCCCCAGAAAAUCAGGUAGUUGAGAGUGUUGUAAUCGCCGCAGCUCGCCUGAGACGAGAACCGUGCCGUCUGACAUCAGAUGCAAGAUAAUUAGUUCGAUGAGGGUAACUGGUCUCCAAUCGGCUCUGAUCGCCAAGCUUUAGCUAUUGGUGGUGCUUUGGAUCUCGACCUCAGCUCUGAUACCAGUGUAGGGUUUUUCAAGAAUAAAAGAUGAAGAAGAUAGAGGGUUUCAAGGAUUUAGGGCUCCAACUGAUUGAUCAUAUGCGUAUGGCAUACAAAAGAUGAAGAAGAUAGAGGGUUUCAAGGAUUUAGGGCUCCAACUGACUGAUCAUAUGCGUAUGAGGAAGAGGAAGAGGGAGAAGGUUUUUAACUCAAGCAAGCAAAGGAGGAUGGGGAGUGAUUGUAUCAAUGGAGGAAAUACCAAACUGGCAGAUUUGCAUCUUGACAUCAUCUUCAACAUCUUUUCAAGACUUCCUGUCGAUACUCUCAUUCGACUAAGGAGUGUAUGUAAGCUCUGGAACAAAUUGAUACGAGACCCUGAAUUCAUUGAGUUGCACCUGAGGAGAUUGAUACACAUACCACCAUCUCCUGUCAUCAUUGCACUAGCCACAGGAUUCUUGGAUAGGAGGAGGAGCUUGUUUUUGGUAGAUGGGAUUGAAGAAGGUGAUUGGAGGGGUAGAGAAAUUCAAGUGGAGUAUUUGCUGGAUAAUAGGCUUGAUCUUGUUGGUUCUUGCAAUGGAUUGGUUUGUAUGGCUCCAGAGCAAAAUUUUGAUUCGAUCUUCAUCUGUAAUCCAAUUACAGGGGAGAGCUUGCGUCUGCCUGAAUCAAAUCUUGCAGAUGGGUUCAUUUCCUUUGGUCCUAGAACAGCUCCUAGGAUUGGUUUUGGCUAUGAUCAUUCAGCCAAAAAGUAUAAAGUGAUCAGAUUUUGGUACAAUGAAGGAAAAUUGGCCGGUGAGAUCAUCACUUUGGGUGAAAGGUCAUGGAGAAAUUUAGAUAUUCCAGUGACCAACGGAGGAGGAUGGUUUGGCAAUUACCCGACAGAGCUGUUCUUGAAUGGGUUCCUAUAUUGGAUAAUCAAAAGGGAAGGAGUUGAGUUCAGGAGAGGUGAUGAAUUCAUUCUUGCAUUUGAUAUUUGCAGGGAAAAGUUCUGCAUUUUAGACUUCCCUUGGCCUCCACUUGAAACAAGAUAUGAAUUAUUACAAUUAAUAAACAUCAAUGGUUCUUUCGCUAUAGCCAUUGAGAAUUAUGGUCAAAGCCAAAUGUACUUUGGUGUGGUGAUAUCAAAGAUAUGGAGACUUGUGGGCAGCAAGGAUAUGGGGUUCUCUUUGGAACAAUGUUCUUCCUAUGAUGAUAUUUCUUAUCAUCAGGCAUAUGGUAGGCUUUAUGUUUUGCUCGGCGAUGGAACUUUGCUACUGAAGCUUCGAAGAUGGGGGCGCUACGUAAGUUUUGCUUCGUUCCAUUCAAAACAGAAAUAUUUGACAAGGAAGAUCUGUUUCACACACAAGAAUUUGAGUGUUCCACUAAUGAGUGAACCAUUUCUCUUCACGCCAAGCUUUGUUUCCCUCAGUACAACUUAUUGACUUCCAAGUGAUGAUGAUCAGGGCAACAUUGAUUCAGAGGGCUCAAUCAAGUUGGAGAACAAUUGAUCUAUGGAAAAUAGGUUAUGGAAUUUGUUUGGACUGCAUGAACAGUUCCUCAAUAAGACAUUAGUGCCACCAAAACUGGCUUCCUGCAUGGAUUCUGCAGUUAAUCUUUGUGGUGGUUGGUUGUUGUUUGCCUCUCUUUCUUCCCAUUUUUUCUCAUGAAUGGAAACAGCUUGAAAUGGGCCUUUGUAGACU